CACUUUAAGUAUUCAACCAGAGCUAUUGUCUUUUCGUCGGGUGACAUUACAUUGACUGCAGGAUAAAAUUGGCUUUUGGUUUAUUUUGUGAAAUUGUUAGUUAGUUAAUAAGACAUCAUCUUGUAAUGAUUCGGUGUUUGGAAGUACAGGAUGAUGGAUCUGUUCGCUGUUCUUCUGUUUGUCCUUUUCGAACUGCAACCUGCCUGGAGCGCCCAGAAGUAUGAAAUGUUCAAAGCUCAGAGACGUGAUGAAGAAAUUCCAACUUGGGUCACAGUCCUCCUGGUUCUGCUGGGUUUACUGGUUUGUGCUGUUUCUGGAGGCCUUUUAUAUAAUUUCCGACAUAAAUUUGUGUCUGCUCGGGCCAAAAUCCUCCUGGGGGUGCUGGUUGUGCUGGUUAUUCUUGGUGUUUCUGGAGGCCUUUUAUUUCAUUUCCAACAUAAAUUUACAUCAGAAAUUCCAACUUGGGCCAUGCUUGUCGUGUUUCUGUCAUUUUUUGUUACUUUCGAUGUGGGCUUUCUACUUCACUUUAGACAACAGUACAAUUCAGAAAUGUCACCUCGUUGUAAAAGCUUACUUGUUCUGAAAGCUCUUCUGUUUUUGUUGGGUCCUCCUGUUGAUUUGGGCUUUGCUUUUCAUAAAGAAAUCGCUUUUCUUUGGAGAGGAAUUUUGAUGGUGUGGCUCCUUUUCAUUCAGUCUGGGAGAAAUUUAUUUCAUUUUCAAAAUUAUUUGUUAUCAGGAAGUUCUGCUCGGAUGAGAAAGUUCCUGAAGUUGCUGACCUGGCUGGUUUAUCUGUCUGUGCCAGCUGUACCAGCUGUGGUGUUGCUGCUGUCAUUCCUCUUAGCGCUGGGUGUUCCUUUGUUCAGUCUCAAAUUCAUUUUAGAAUUCCCAACUUGGGCCAGAAUUCUCCUAAUUCUGUCGGUUCUGCUGCUUCUUACUAUUGACGUGGGCCUUUUGUUUCAUUUUCGACAACAGUUUAUAUCAGUCUACAGGGUGGAGGUGGAUUCAGGAGUGGAGUCUGUUCUGCUGCCCUUUGAAACUACAGUCUGUCUGUGUGCUAAAGACACAGUAAUAUGGACACACAACACUGGCAGGAUGGUCUACGAGUAUCAAAGCUCUUUAAGGCUUGAAGAACAACAGUACAGAGACAGAGCAGAGAUGAAGAAAAAAUUUGAAUUUGGAGACUUGAGUUUGACCUUGAAGAAUCCCACAGACAGAGACUCAGGAACCUACAGCUGCACCGUCUACAGAGGGAGAACAAUCCAGGCCAUGAAACAAGUACUGCUGACUGUCAGAGCUGGUCCUGACUCUCUCAUCAUAUCCAUAGACUUUGGUUCAGGAUUCAGUGGCUACGCCUUCAAUGUUAAACCCAGACAGGAAGGAGGAGAGACCCAGAUAAAGAGAUGGAGGAAUGGACUUGGACUAGACACCCCAAAGACUCCAACCUGCAUCCUGUUUGAUGAACAUGAAGAAUUUAUGAAGUUUGGUUAUGAAGCUAAAACAGCAUUUAACAAUAUGAGAGGAGGAGAAGCUGAGAGACAUUAUUUCUUUGAAGACUUCAUCAUGAAUCUCUGUGACAGAGACAUCAGCAGGCAGACAAUUAAAGCAGCCAACAGGAAGUCGAUGUCGACCCAGAAGGUUUUUACAGAAGUUCUGAGGUUCCUGAAGGACGAUGCUCUGAAAACCAUCAGAUCUCAUCCAGAAGGAGGAGAGUUCACAGCAUCUGACUUCACCUGGGUGCUGACUGUUCCUGCCAGCUUGAAUCAAUCAGCUAAACAGUCCAUAAUAGAAGCUGCAGUUCAGGUUCGAAAGGAAAAAUACCCAACAAAACCCAAAUGCACCUCUCAGGAUUCUUUGGCUGUGACUGUGGAGGUUCAGGAGGGGGAACCGUCUGUCGUUCUGCCCUGUCAGAUCAGCAAAACAUUAGAAGAGAUUGUUACAGUGAAAUGGAGUCGCUUUGAUCUCAAUCCCAACACUGUCCAUCAACGGGACGAAGCAGACGACCUGCGUGGACAAAAUCAGGUUUUCAGAGGAAGAACUUCAAUGAUACCUGAUGCUCUGGACUCUGGUGACUUCAGCCUCACUCUGAGAGAACCUCAACUUUUAGACAGCGGCAUCUACAUCUGCAGCAUGACUGAGAAUCAGGAGGAAACAGCUCUGUCUGGCGUUCAGCUGCAUGUCAAAGCCUCUCAGGAUUCUUUGGCUGUGACUGUGGAGGUUCAGGAGGGGGAACCGUCUGUCGAUCUGCCCUGUCAGAUCAGCCAUAAAUUACAAGACAUUGUUACAGUGAAAUGGAGUCGCUUUGAUCUCAAUCCCAACACUGUCCAUCAACGGGCCUUAGCAGACGAACUACAUGCACAAAAUGAGGUUUUCAGAGGAAGAACUUCAAUGAUACCUGAUGCUCUGGACUCUGGUGACUUCAGCCUCGCUCUGAGAAACCCUCAACUUUUAGACAGCGGCAUCUACAUCUGCAGCAUGACUGAGAAUCAGGAGGAAACAGCUCUGUCUGGCGUUCAGCUGCAUGUCAAAGGUCAGCUACCUUUCACUCCUCCCAGUUAUUAA